AUGGAGGCGAUCUGGUCGACGAUACCAAGGAGGGUUGAGCCCUCCUGGUUUAGGCAGUGUUGGAAAUGGCAUGAUGGCGGUAGAUCAUCGGGAAACUCUAGUGGGGGCUUGUGA